AUGAUUGGACUGGCAAAACCUACAGUGGUUAAGUGCUGUCAUGAGUUUGUAGAAGCAAUUUGCCGUCUGCAGGAUGACUUCAUAAAGUUUCCUUCUACAACGGCGGAAAUAAGCAGGAAAAUUGAAGAUUUCUCUGAGAAGAGCAAGGUUCCGAAUGUUGUUGCAGCGAUUGACGGUAGUCACAUUCCUAUAAAAGCACCAAAAGAGAAUCACGAGGACAACUUUAACCGGAAACAUUUUUACAGUUAUUUAGUACAAGGGAUUGUUGACUCUUCGGGACUCUUUUUAUCAGUUGCCACUGGGUUUCCCAGGAGUCUGCAUGAUUCUCAAAUGCUGCGACUAAGCGAUGUGUACUGGGCCACCGAAAACGAGGACAUUCUCAUGGAACCUACCCUGGAUUUGGGGGGAACCGUAAUUUGCCCACUUGUGCUGGGAGAUUCAGCGUACCCAUUGAAGACCUGGCUUCUACCGGUUAUCAAAGAUAAUGGAGCCCUUAACUGA